GGGAAUGGUCGCUCGAAAGAUGGAGUAGCUUCCUUAUUCGCGGUUUUCAUACUCUUCUUCGGUAAACUCCUUAUAUGCCCUGACGACUUCUUUUGUGCAUACUGCUUAAGCUUUGGAAUGCUCGUUUCGUUGAACGUCGGUCAGUUAGCGUAUGUAUUUGCAAUAUCAUGCACUGCGUUCGGUGCAUAUUUUGUGUAUAAAGUUGGAUUAACUUCUCGAGAUGUAGCGCAGAGAAACGCACAAUUCCGCACUCUCCAGAUACAUUUCUUGUUGCCCUAUUUGCUAGUCCUUCUCGCCGAAAGUAUUCAGGCACCAUACUUGUACGUUCUCUAUCAUGUUUAUGGAUUUUUACCGAGUCAAAUCAGUGUGUUGUAUGUGGUGGGCUUAACGAUGAAUGUAAUUGGUACAGUGUUAACCGUGCAUCUUUUGUCAAAAUUCGAUAGACGAAUGCUUUGUUUAUGUUGUGUUGCGAGCAGCUCAUUAGCAUGUCUGCUGAAAUUCUCCGAUAAUUAUCUCGUUCUUCUCAUCGGUCGAUUACUUGACGGCCUGUCGGCAGCUCUCAUCACCGCACCUUUUCAACAAUGGUAUGGUCAUGAGCAUGUGAUGUCAUUUGAUUUUCCUAAAGAAUGGCUUGCGUCAACAUUCGCAUUGCUCUCUCUCAUAGCUGGAUUUCUGUCUGUGUUAGCCGGUUUUAUCGCAGAAUUUGCUGAGAGUAUAUCCUCAAUAACAGCAUUUCCAUUCUUCUUUGCAAUACUCUUUCAGCUUGCUGGUGGUUGCUAUAUAAUGUGUGUUUGGCCAGCAAAUAGAAUUGAACCUGAACAUCGUAUACCAAUCAGAGAGCAGUUCAUCAGUGCAGUUACUAUUUUCAAGAAGAAACCGGUGAUUUUAGUAUUGUGCGCUGUGCAUACGCUUUUCGAAUCAACUUUACUUAUAUUCAUUUUUGUUUGGACGCCACUCUUUUUACAUUCAAAAGCAAUUCUCCAUCAGCGUAUCAGUUACGGUGUGAUUUAUGCAGCGUUCAUGAGUUGUGCUCUAUUGGGUGGAAUAUUCUCUCGUCACUAUCACAAACGCUUGCAACCGACUCAGAUCCUAUUUGCGUCAUCGAGUGUGUGUUUGAUUACACUCGUGCUCUCGGUUUGCAUCAUACCAUCAACACCCACCGAAUGGACCAAAUCGCUGUUCAACGCGCUUCUUCUGCUGUUCUGUUUAUUCGAAUUUGCAGUUGGUUCAUACGUACCAGCAAUGAACAAAUUACAGAUUGAUUUGCUGCCAGCCGAGCAUCGCCAGUCAUUAUUAGCGUUGCUGAGAAUACCACUGACUGUGAUUUCAAGUUGUGGAAUGUUAUUCUUGCAUUCUGGUAAUACGGACUGGCAAAUAGUCUCGAUGGGUUGCGUGCUACUUUCAUUAACAACUCUUUGUGCACUGCUCUUACAUAUGAUCAUCUCACAAAACAACCCACAACAAAUUAAUGAUCAUUUUGUUCUGACACUGAACACGAAUGUAUAUGAUGACUCACAAGAAGAUGAAGACAACCUACCUCAGGGUCUAACGAUCAGUUAA